AUGCGCGCAAAUCAGGAUACUUCUUGCAUUCUCAAGUCUGAAGAUAGGGCAUCGAAAAUUCCGAACAUCGUUGGCUUUAUUAUUAUUCGGAUAUUACCCAUCGGCAGUCUGUCUUUCUUCCUCUACAAGACGCUCACAGAAGUCGUACUUGAUGGGGAUCAAUACCUCAGGAUGUUAAUUAUUAACACCAUUGCUUGCAUCAUGGUACAUUCCGGCAUAUUGUACAGUUCUAAGUACGAUUCUAUCAAGCUGGAGGAGUUGGGGUCCCGACAAGCAUGGCUCGACACUUUGAACUCGACUAUUAAGACAUGGGUCAAAGGAAAUGGUCCCGUUUUCAGAUGUUUCAGUUCACUUGAAUCCGAGGAUAAGUACAUACAGUGCGAGAAGGAGGUAUUUGCCGCGUACUUGGCGGGUUCACGCCAGGGAAUACCACCACCCUUUUCUUCAAGAGAAGCCCGUUAUCGAUUAACGAUCUGGAUUGUGUAUACAUUUGUAGUCCUUCGACUGGCCUCCGCCGACAUUCUUCCAGCCUUGGCUCAAUCUAUAAUGUGGAGUAGCAUAUUCCUAUGGCUUCUUGCUUCUUUUCUGAUUGGAAGGCGGCUGGGUCGGUCCGUGGAAAUGGGUGGCGCGGUGGAAAAAGUAAGAAAGGAAUGCGAGAGUAUUGAUGUGGAGAAAGGGGAGGAUAUACGGGAGCAACUAGAGUGGUGGAUUGAAGCUAUCCUGAAAGAAGAAUCGGACUCAGAUGCAUUGGCUAAGCAGAGAAUGGAGGUAAUAAUAGCUCCGCUUUUGAGAGCUGUCCGCUGCUGAUUGAAAGCAAGAGGGUUUGAAAAUAACUGUGCGGUUCUCAAUUAAUUCCUCUGGACUCGCUAGUAGUCACUUGUACAUCACGCUUAUAGGGAAUCUGAAUGACACCAAGCGCAGAAAUUCAGAGUCAGGUAGUCUACCUUUCUUAAGAACUUUGUGAAGCCCUUUCCCCUUCA